AUGGCUCGUCCUCGAGCAAAGUCGAACAGCCUGGGCGUGGACAUCCGAGGUGACACCAGCGCUCCGGCAAUGUCCACCAUAAACGAGGUCAGCCCUAUCGAGGGAGAGGCGCCCAAAUGGGAUCAGAACCUCCAAGCUGGCGCCUCUUCCGAGAAGCCCGCGAAGCAAUCGAAACGCCGCAAAAGCCGUUCAUUCCUCCGUCGCAUUAAAAAUAAAUGCUUGAAGCAUACAUGGCUCCUACCUCUCAUUAUCCUGAUCGUUCUCCUGGUCGCGUACGCGGUCAACCCGACCGAAUCCAACCCGUUGCACAGCGCCAUAUUUCUGUCCUAUCCCCAACCUCCGAAGACCCCCGGUGGCCCGAUCAUGUAUGGCAAGGGUCCUAAGGAUAUCGCGUUUGUAUCUUUCUACACGGUGGUCUUAUCGUUUACUCGGGAGUUCCUGAUGCAGCGCGUGAUCCGGCCAUGGGCAGUUUAUUGUGGCAUCCGUGGUAAGGGCAAGACGGCACGUUUCAUGGAGCAGGUGUACACGGCGAUCUACUUUGGAAUCUUCGGACCGUUCGGUCUGUAUGUGAUGAGCAGGUCGGAUAUCUGGUACUUCAACACCACUGCCAUGUUCGAGGGUUUCCCUCACCGCGAGCAUGAGGCCCUGUUCAAGGCCUACUAUCUGCUCGAAGCGAGCUACUGGGCCCAGCAAGCUAUCGUUUUGAUGCUGCAAUUGGAGAAGCCUCGAAAGGAUUUCAAGGAGCUCGUCGGUCACCACAUCAUCACCCUGGCGCUGAUCGGUCUGAGCUACCGGUUCCACUUCACCUAUAUGGGUAUUGCUGUCUACAUUACCCACGAUAUUUCGGACUUUUUCCUCGCGACCUCGAAAACUCUGAACUACCUUGAUCACAUCCUCACCGUUCCGUACUUUUCUUUCUUCAUCGCGACAUGGGUAUACCUCCGACACGUCCUCAACUUGAAGCUCCUCUGGGCAGUUUUGACCGAAUUCCGGACCGUCGGACCCUUUGAGCUGAACUGGGAAACCCAGCAGUACAAGUGCUGGAUCAGUCAGUACAUCACUUUCUCCUUGCUUGCUAGUCUGCAGGCAGUAAACCUCUUCUGGCUCUUCUUGAUUCUCCGUAUUCUCAAGAACUACAUCUUCAACAGCGUGGCCAAGGACGAGAGAAGUGAAGACGAGGAUGAGGAGGAGUUGGAGGAGGAAGCGAAGCAACAAGCUGCUAUUGCUACAGGUGUUGAGGCACGCGAUGUUGGUAAGGAAAACCAGACUCCGCAAGUGCUGCUCAACGGCGAGCCUGUCGGUGAUAAAGGCCCAAGAACCCGCAGCAGGAAGGCUUAA